UUUCUAUCAUCAUCUUCAGCUGAAUGGACACUCGCGGCCAACUGAUCGGCGGCAGCGGUGCCAACUUCCGCAAGCUGGUCAAGCGCCGGAGCGAGUUGGUCGAGCCAAGCUUGCCGUCCACUGCCGAGGACUCCAUCCCGGCCACGGAGGACGCGCUGACCAUGACGGCAUCUGCACCAGGACCAGAAACGCCUGGCAUCGAGAUGGGCGGCAAGCCGCCUGGCGACGUGCUCGCCGACCUGCUCACUGGCCUCGCCCGGCCCAACGAGAAGCCCGAGGUCAAGAUCCACCUGCUCAACGGGUUUACAAAGAUUGCGCGGUCACUCGGACAGUCGUUUGACAAGCAUCUGCCGAUCGAGGACGCCAUCGAGUGUAUACGCACUCAGCUGGUCGACUCUGUUAAGGAGGUGCGGGCUGCUGCGUUGAGAGCGCUCAGACUGCUGACGUCAAAGCCUUCAGUGGUCAAAGCGUGCGUUGAUGCGCAUCUCGAGAUUUUUAUUGUGCUCGCGCUGGAACAGCCCCUCGAACACGAAGUCGAGCGCACGCAAGCACUCAAGUUAGUGCGGCAGAUGUGCGAGGUCGCUCCAAUGGAUGUGCCGCGUUCAAUUCUCGCGUCGGUUGUGGCAGUGGCAGAGGACCCGGCGGAUAAAAUGGCGCGUGUGUGCUUGGAGUGCAUUUGUGAAAUCGCCCUGCGCAACCCGCACAUUGUCGCCAUUUCGGGCGGCAUUCGCGCAAUGACGAAAAGUGCCCUCGCAGCCCACUCGCGCCAACUCAUCGAGGCGAUUGUAGUCACCCUCAUGUACAUUCUGGGCAACGACGUGACUCGGCGGUUUGUUCGGGUCGACGUGGAUGUCGACUCGCUGUUUGCGCCCUUCACCGACGAGUACUUUACGCACACGGUCGUCGAAAAGCCCACCACUGCUGACGUUGAGCAGCGCUGGUUUGCCAGCCGUGUUGCCGUCGUCACAAUCAUGCGCACAUGGACGGGCCUCAUCUAUAUGGCUUCGUCGCCCUCGAGGCUGCGCGCCAUCAUUGAUGUGCUGCGGCUUGCACGGCGCGAGUCGCGGAUUGCGGUCAUGGACAUGCUCUUCGAGUUGUUGCACAUUGACACGCCCGAGCUGACGGACAAGUUUGAUGUCAUUCUGCAGCGUGGCACCACUGCCUACGCCUCGAGCAAGAACUCGGCCAGCAACAUGUUUGAGGAGAGCGGGCUGCUCCCUCACCCGCCAGGCCGCAUCAAUCUCCUUCCCAAGUACAAGUCCCUGCUGUUGCUGUGUUUGAUCCGCGCUGGCUUGGUUGAGUCCCUGUCCGGCGUCAUCAAGGGAGAGGAUCGCACACUGGUCGUGCGUGCGACCACCUUGUUGGGCGAGGUCCUGCACCUUGCUAGCAAGUUCUUGCCCGCCACCUACACGGCCACCAUCCAGGCGGUGCCGGGGUUGGUGCGCAAUGCCUCGGCAUUCCACAGCGACCCCGUGUUCCGUACCCAGGCGCAGUCGGCCGUGAGCAACCUUGAUCGCCUACACUACACCAAACAUGCCGAGCUGAGUUUACAAUCCAUCAGCUUGCACAUGACGGUGGCUCACGCCAAAAAGUUGGCACCCAUCGACUCCCUUCCAAGCCAAGAGCGCAGCCGGCAGCGCAUCAAGCAAAUGCGCGCCGCGUUUGCCGUUGAGCUGGAUGACCUGUCAUUCCAAGGACUCAUUCGCGAAUCGCAGGUUCUCUCCGCCAAAGAGUUCAACAAGUGGGACUGGGAUAUUAUCGCCCAGCUGAUCAGUGGGCCGCUUCAAACGCCAAAGCGACUCGAGGAAGCCAUCCACUCAAAGCUCAUUCGGCGGCUGCUGACCUUCUACCGGCCCCACGAACGGCAAUUCUCGGAUGUUUCUCUGAACGAUGCGGCCGCCGCCAAGUACACGCGUGUAGGCCUCGAUUUAUUCGACCUCCUUAUGGGUAGUGAAGAGGGCGCUCGAGAGAUUCGCGAGAACAACGUUCUCACCCAAAUUGCUGACUGCCUUCUCGAAAUCGACCCCAAUGCCAUUCCUUCGACACCGAAACUGGAGCCGAGUGAUGCUCAGGUUCCCAUGCUGACUCCCGAGCGCAUCGCCCACACAGCUACCCGAGACUACUUCCUGUUGAUUGGCAAGCUGAGCACGACAUCGAACGGUCUCAAACUGCUGGACAAAUCAAACAUUUUUGGCCGCUUGUACGGUUGUCUCGACCGGUACGAGCGCGAGGACAUCAUCAAGCUCAUCAUUUGCUCGCUGGACUACAAUCUUGACUCGCACGCACGCAUCAUUCUCACCAAGGUGCUCACAUCCAGCACCAAAACAUUGCGCGUCUUCUCCACCGACCAUCUGCGUGUCCUGAUGCGCGCGUCAGUCCAGGCGUUUGCGCAGUGGGGCAUUGAGUUGCUCAUCGCGCAGCUGUAUGACUUGGACCUUGAGGUGUGCUACAAGGCGGUUGAGGUUCUGGACGAGUGCUGCGACGACGAGAGCUUGCUCAAUUCCUUGGUCUUGAAGCGGCCUGCCCUGCUGCAUCUCGGCGAGCCAGGAAAGGCAAUCCUCACCCGCUUGCUGUCGACCUUCCGCGGUCUCAAGUACUUGAACGAGACUGGAUUUACAGCAAAAGAAAUGCAGCUCUGGUGGACCUUCCCGGCCGUCGACUAUGUUGCUCAAGUCGAGAGCGUGCUUGCCUCCACCACCUCGUGGUACGGCGAUCAUGAAACGAGCGGCAUCACCGGCACGCACAGCUACGGCGCGUACGUCAACAGCCAUGUGGCCGCCGUGCGCCGCGUAUUCCGCGACAUUGCGCAAAGCUUUACCGAGCAGCUCACGCUCAACUCGAUGCGGCUCGGCUACGUCAAGCUGCCUGUUCACUUUUUCGGCGAACUCAGCAAAACCAAGGACGGCGCAACAAUGAUCCGGUCUUCUGGGCGUGUUCCUAUGCUGGUCGAGCUUUUAGAGCGAGCCAUCCAGCGUGAAGCACCCGAGCCUGCUAGCAACGCCAGGUCGUCGCGCGUGGGCACCACGAGUGGAGACCCCCUCUUGCAAUCCACCAAUACUCUUGCUGCAGCCAUUUUGGAGGAGAAGGGGGCAUUAUGGACGCUGGGUCACAUUGCCGCAUCUCCUUUCGGCAUUGCCUACAUGCUGGAGCUUGACACGCCUGCGAUGAUCAGCAAGCUACUCCAAGUGACUUCGUCCAUGUCUCUGCGCGGAACGUGCUACUAUGUGCUUUCCAUGUUUGCCAAUACCAUUGAGGGUUGCCAGGCCCUGGAACCUCUCGGAUGGGAUUGCGCAUUCGACACGCGUGGUGUGCCACUCGGCAUUGCGCUCCCUCGCAACCCACAUGCUUUAUUCUAUUUUGCGCCAACAUCGUUCGACGGUUCCUGGGCUGCCGUGUCUCCGCUGGAGCAUAAUCCCCUCAAAGAGCCGGAAAGGAAGGGCAUGACUGAGCAGGAGCUGCUCGAGAAAGAAACGCCGGUCGAGGAGCUGAUGCGGCAAAUUGGUAACUUGAACAAUGAGGUGCUUCAGAAUACGUCGAAACGAAACAUCCGAAAAAUGAAGGACCAGCAUCCCGAGUUUUUCGCAUCGGUGGAGAUUUAUGCCAAAACUUUUGCAACAGUCGGCGCUUACUCUUACCAUCUGGCGGCGCGUCGGUUUUUGCACGAGAUAUUUGGGCAAUUCCCAUUCACUUCCGAGGCUUUGGCCGAACUCGACAAGGUUUUGCCCAAGCUCAACCCGGUCCAGACGACGUCCAGUGUGCUGACUGCCCUCGAAUUGGAGCGCCCGAAAUCAGUCUUUGUGCCAGGGCCACCAGCAUCCACCACGAACGCGCCAGGCUCUGUUUUGCUGGCUCGAGCCCUUAAACUUUGAGCAGAACACCAGCUGUGUUAGUGGGUGGAGUGUUGUGCUUUUUUUUUUGUCAGGGGGGAGCAGCUGUCGAUUUGAUCUUGCCGAUUUUCAUUGUUAUAUUAAACUUGAGAGGAAA